AUGAAAUCCACGGAGCCCGCCGGACGGGAGUCCAGGCUUCUCGAAUUCUGGGAUGAGAUUAAGCUUGCAAGAAGGAAGAAAUACUCUCUGUCCCAGAUCUGCCAGUGGCUUGAGAAGAACGAUCAUUUUGUGACCGUUCAAGGACUCUCGAAAUUCAUCAAGACUCAAGAGGAGAAAGAGUCUGGCAACGCUGGAAGCGGAGAAGAUUCCGCGCCCAAGAAGGUCUCUGGUUCCCCGAAACCAUCUGCUGCUCCGAAGCCCAGCGCACAUACAACGCGACGCGCGAGAAGUAGCGCAAAGGGCUUGUAA